UCCAUGGUGGCUAAUCUUUUCAAGAGCCUGAUUUUACCUUACAUCCAUAAGCUUUGCAAAGGAAUGUUUGCAAAGAAAUUGGGAAAUACAACCAAGAAAAAAGAUAAUCGUCAGCCGAAAAAGGAUCAAGACGUUCUUAUUGCUGGCCAGACCAAACCCCCUAAAUUUUCUAAUACCUUGAAAAGCACUGUAAAGAAGAUUGCAAAGUGUUCAUCCGCUCGCAACUUAUCCACUGAAGAAGACGAGGCUAACAAAGAAUUUUCCCUCUCCCCCACGUUCAGUUACCGAGUAGCUAUUGCCAAUGGCCUCCAGAAAAAUAUUCAUAUAACCAAUGGUGAGAAUGAGGAUCUCCUUCAGGAGUUAUCUUCCAUUGAGAGCUCCUACUCAGAAUCACUCAGUGAACUAAGGAGCAGUACAGAAAACCAGGCACAGUCAACACGCACGAUGCCAGUUAGACGCAACAGGAAGAGUUCAAGCAGCCUGGCACCCUCAGAGGGGAGCUCUGAUGGGGAACGCACUCUGCAUAGCUUAAAACUAGGAGCUUUACGCAAAUUGAGGAAAUGGAAAAAGAGUCAAGAGUGUGUCUCCUCGGAUUCAGAGUUGAGCACAAUGAAGAAAACCUGGGGAAUCAGAAGCAAAUCUUUGGACAGAACUGCCCGAAACCCAAAGACCAGUGCCCUGGAGGCCGGAUUCAGUUCCUCUGGCUGCAUUAGCCAAACACAGGAUGUCAUGGAAAUGAUCUUUAAGGAACUUCAGGGAAUAAGUCAGAUUGAAACAGAACUUUCUGAACUCCGAGGGCAUGUCAAUGCUCUCAAGCAUUCCAUUGAUGAGAUGUCCAGCAGCGUGGAGGUUGUACAAAGUGAAAUUGAGCAGCUCCGUACAGGGUUUGUCCAGUCUCGGAGGGAAACCAGAGACAUCCAUGAUUAUAUUAAACACUUAGGUCAUAUGGGUAGCAAGGCAAGCCUGAGAUUCUUAAAUGUGCCCGAAGAAAGAUUUGAAUACAUUGAAAGUGUGGUGUACCAAAUUCUAAUAGAUAAAAUGGGUUUUUCAGAUGCACCAAAUGCUAUUAAAAUUGAAUUUGCUCAGAGGAUAGGACACCAAAGGGAUUGCCCCAAUGCAAAGCCUCGACCCAUCCUUGUGUAUUUUGAAACCCCUCAACAAAGGGAUUCCGUCUUAAAAAAAUCAUAUAAACUCAAAGGAACAGGCAUCGGAAUCUCGACAGAUAUUCUUACUCAUGACAUCAGAGAAAGAAAAGAGAGAGGGAUACCAUCCUCCCAGACAUAUGAGAGCAUGGAUAUAAAGCUGUCUACUCCAGAGCCCAAAAUCAAGAAGAACAGUUGGCAGUCACCUGAUGACAGUGAUAGAGAGCUGGAAUCUGACCUAAAUAGAAACAGUUAUGCUGUGCUUUCCAAGUCAGAGUUUCCAACAAAAGGAAGUACUUCCAAGUCAAGUUCAAAAUCACACAAUGCUAGAGCCAAGAAUAAAACUUCUAGUAGCAGCAGAAUUGCAAAUAAAUCAGAAUAUGAUAAAAUUUCCUUGCAUUUGCCAGAAUCGGAUAACUUGGCAAAGCAAACCACAACCUAUUAUGCAGAUGCAACACCUCUCUGGCACUCACAGAGCGAUUUUUUCACCACUAAACUUAGUCAUUCUGAAUCAGACUUUUCCAAAUUGUGUCAAUCUUAUUCGGAGGAUUUUUCAGAAAAUCAGUUUUUCACUAGAACUAAUGGAAGCUCCCUCCUGUCGUCUUCAGACCGGGAACUUUGGCAGAGGAAACAGGAGGGCACGCCUACCUUGUAUGACAGCCCUCAGGAUCAGUGUUUGAAUGGGGCUUCUCAGGGUGUCCAAGUACAGAGUGAAAUUGAGAACACAGAAACUGUGGACAGUGGAGUGAGUAAUAGCAUGGUGUGUGCAUCUGGAGACCAGAGUCACUACAGUGAUUCUCAGCUCUCUUUACAUGAAGAUCUUUCUCCAUGGAAGGAAUGGAAUCAAGUAGAGCAAGGAGCUGAUUUAGGUUUAGAUUCAUCCACCCAGGAAGUUUUUGACUAUGACACAAACAGUCUAUCUGAUCAACAACUAGAUGUUUACCAUAAAGACCUAGAAGACUUGGGAAAGUGCCACAGUGUCCUUCAGGAUGACUCUGAGAGCUAUGAUUUAACCCAAGAUGACAACUCAUCUCCAUGCCCUGGGUUGGAUAAUGAACCACAAGGACAGUGGGUUGGCCAAUAUAAUUCUUAUCAGGAAGCUAAUUCUAAUGAGCUGUACCAAAACCAAAACCAGUUGUCCAUAAUGUAUCGAAGUCAAAGUGAAUUGCAAAGUGAUGAUUCAGAGGAUGCCCCACCCAAAUCUUGGCAUAGUCGAUUAAGCAUUGACCUUACUGAUAAGGCUUUCAGUUUCCCAAAAUUUGGAUCCACACUACAGAGGGCUAAAUCGGCCUUGGAAGUGGUAUGGAGCAAAAGCACACAGAGUCUCAGUGGGUAUGAGGACAGCGGCUCUUCCUUACUUGGGAGAUUUCGAACAUUAUCCCAAUCAACUGCAAAUGAAUCAAGUACCACGCUUGACUCUGAUGUCUACACAGAGCCUUAUUACUACAAAGCAGAGGAUGAGGAGGACUAUAGUGAACCAGUGGCUGAUAAUGAAACAGAUUAUGUUGAAGUGAUGGAACAAGUCCUUGCCAAGCUAGAAAACAGGACUAGUAUUACUGAAACAGAUGAACAAAUUCAGGAAUAUGAUCACCCUUCAUAUGAAACACCUUAUGAAACUCCACAAGAUGUGGGUUAUGAUGGGCAGGCAGAUGAUGUGGUUAGUGAAGGGGGAUUGGAACCCUUAAAGGAAACAUCAGCUGAAAUGAAAAUAAAAGAAGAUGAAAACCAAAACAUCCCUGAAAAGCCCCUGGAAAUCAUAAAGCCAAAGCAGAUUCGUCCCUCUUUCAAAGAAGCAGCUUUGAAAGCCUAUAAGAAGCAAAUGGCAGAAUUGGAAGAGAAGAUCCUGGCUGGAGAUAGCAGUUCUGUGGAUGAAAAGCCUCGAAUAGUAAGUGGCAAUGAUUUGGAUGCUUCCAAAUUCUCUGCACUACAGGCGUUUGGUGGAGCCGGGCGGGGACUUUAUGGUAUUGAUAGUAUGCCAGAUCUCCGUAGGAAAAAAACUCUGCCUAUUGUACGAGAUGUGGCCAUGACCCUGGCUGCCCGGAAAUCUGGACUCUCCCUGGCUAUGGUGAUUAGGACAUCUCUAAAUAAUGAGGAAUUGAAAAUACAUGUCUUCAAGAAGACUUUGCAGGCACUGAUCUACCCCAUGUCCUCCACCACCCCACACAACUUUGAGGUCUGGACGGCUACGACACCUACCUACUGUUACGAGUGUGAAGGGCUCCUGUGGGGCAUUGCCCGACAAGGCAUGAAGUGUUCAGAGUGCGGAGUGAAGUGCCACGAAAAGUGUCAGGACCUCCUGAACGCGGACUGUUUGCAGAGAGCGGCAGAAAAGAGUUCUAAGCAUGGUGCGGAAGACAAGACUCAGACCAUUAUUACAGCCAUGAAAGAAAGAAUGAAGAUCAGGGAGACAAACAGGCCAGAGGUGUUCGAAGUAAUUCAGGAAAUGUUUCAGAUUUCUAAAGAAGAUUUUGUGCAGUACACAAAGGCGGCCAAACAGAGUGUACUGGACGGGACGUCUAAGUGGUCAGCGAAAGUAACCAUUACAGUGGUUUCUGCACAAGGCUUGCAGGCAAAAGACAAAACAGGGUCAAGUGACCCAUAUGUUACAGUUCAAGUCGGAAAGAACAAAAGAAGAACUAAAACCAUUUUUGGAAACUUGAAUCCAGUAUGGGAUGAGAAGUUUUAUUUUGAGUGCCAUAACUCCACAGAUCGAAUCAAAGUCAGAGUGUGGGAUGAAGAUGAUGACAUUAAAUCCAGAGUGAAGCAACAUUUCAAAAAGGAGUCAGAUGAUUUUCUGGGACAAACAAUUGUAGAAGUGAGGACCCUGAGUGGAGAAAUGGAUGUCUGGUACAAUUUAGAGAAACGGACAGAUAAAUCAGCUGUGUCUGGGGCCAUUCGAUUGAAAAUCAACGUGGAAAUAAAAGGAGAGGAGAAGGUUGCUCCGUAUCAUUUACAAUAUACAUGUUUACAUGAGAAUUUGUUCCAUUACUUGACUGAAGUGAAAUCUAAUGGUGGAGUGAAAAUCCCAGAGGUCAAAGGGGAUGAAGCCUGGAAGGUUUUCUUUGAUGAUGCCUCCCAAGAAAUAGUUGAUGAAUUUGCCAUGCGUUACGGGAUUGAAUCCAUUUAUCAAGCUAUGACGCACUUUUCAUGUCUGUCUUCUAAAUACAUGUGCCCCGGUGUCCCUGCUGUAAUGAGCACCUUGCUGGCAAAUAUAAAUGCUUUCUAUGCUCACACAACUGUUUCAACAAAUGUACAGGUUUCUGCCUCAGAUCGAUUUGCCGCUACCAACUUUGGUAGGGAAAAAUUCAUAAAACUACUGGACCAGUUGCAUAACUCUUUAAGGAUUGACCUGUCAAAGUAUAGGGAAAACUUUCCCGCCAGCAAUGCUGAAAGAUUGCAAGACCUGAAAUCAACUGUUGACCUGCUAACAAGUAUCACCUUUUUUAGGAUGAAGGUUCUGGAGCUGCAAAGCCCCCCAAAGGCCAGCAUGGUGGUGAAAGACUGUGUCAGGGCUUGCCUGGAUUCUACAUACAAGUAUAUUUUUGACAAUUGCCAUGAACUCUAUUCCCAGCUAAUAGACCCGAGUAAGAAACGGGACAUUCCUCGGGAAGAUCAGGGACCAACCACCAAGAAUUUGGAUUUUUGGCCCCAACUUAUUACACUGAUGGUCACGAUUAUUGAUGAGGAUAAAACUGCCUACACUCCUGUCCUGAAUCAGUUUCCUCAAGAACUGAACAUGGGAAAAAUAAGUGCUGAAAUUAUGUGGACCCUUUUUGCUCAGGAUAUGAAAGAGGCACUAGAAGAACAUGAAAAGCAGCGGUUAUGCAAGAGCACAGAUUAUAUGAAUUUGCAUUUCAAAGUGAAAUGGUUUUAUAAUGAAUAUGUGCGAGAACUUCCUGCCUUCAAGGAUGCCGUUCCUGAAUAUUCCUUGUGGUUUGAACCUUUUGUCAUGCAGUGGCUAGAUGAAAAUGAAGACGUGUCAAUGGAGUUCCUUCAUGGAGCCCUGGGAAGAGACAAAAAGGAUGGAUUCCAGCAGACAUCUGAUCACGCGCUGUUUUCUUCCUCUGUGGUUGAUGUCUUUGCUCAGCUUAAUCAGAGCUUUGAGAUUAUUAAGAAACUGGAAUGCCCCAAUCCUGAAGCAUUAUCUCACUUAAUGAGAAGAUUUGCAAAGACCAUCAAUAAAGUUCUGCUUCAGUAUGCUGCAAUUGUAUCGAGUGAUUUCAGUUCAUACUGUGAUAAGGAAAAGGUGCCCUGUAUAUUGAUGAACAAUAUUCAACAAUUGCGGGUUCAGCUGGAAAAAAUGUUUGAAUCCAUGGGAGGAAAAGAGCUAGAUCCUGAAGCUAGUACUAUUCUAAAAGAACUUCAGAUUAAACUCAGUGGGGUUCUGGAUGAGCUCAGUGUCACUUAUGGUGAAAGUUUCCAGCUUAUCAUUGAAGAGUGCAUAAAACAGAUGAGUUUUGAACUAAGUCAAAUGAGAGCAACUGGAAAUACCGCAUCUAAUAAGAACAGUACAGCCAUGGAUGCAGAGGUUGUAUUAAGACCUCUCAUGGACUUCUUGGACAAAAUAUUAAGUCUCUCAGCGAAAAUCUGUGAGAAAACAGUCCUGAAGCGAAUAUUGAAAGAACUAUGGAAGCUAGUUCUCAACAAAAUAGAAAAACAAAUUGUCCUCCCUCCUCUGACAGAUCAAACAGGACCCCAGAUGAUUUUCAUUGCAGCUAAAGAUCUGGGACAACUAUCCAAACUGAAGGAGCACAUGAUUCGAGAGGAUACCAAGGGUCUGACACGGAGACAGUGUGCUAUAAUGGAGGUAGUCCUGGCUACCAUCAAGCAAUACUUUCAUGCAGGAGGAAAUGGCCUGAAAAAGAAUUUCUUGGAGAAAAGCCCAGAUCUUCAGUCUCUGAGAUACGCUCUCAGUCUUUAUACCCAAACAACUGAUGCCUUGAUAAAGAAGUUCAUAGACACUCAAACCUCACAGAGUCCCUCCUCCAGAGAUUCAGUGGGUCAGAUAUCUGUUCAUGUGGACAUCACCGCCACCCCAGGAACAGGAGAGCAUAAAGUCACUAUAAAAGUGAUUGCUAUUAAUGACUUAAACUGGCAGACCACUGCAAUGUUCCGCCCCUUUGUGGAAGUGUGUAUGCUGGGACCCAACCUCGGAGACAAGAAGAGAAAACAAGGCACAAAGACAAAAAGCAACACAUGGUCACCAAAAUAUAACGAAACAUUUCAGUUCAUUCUGAGUAAAGAAAACCGCCCAGGGGCCUAUGAACUUCACCUUUCAGUUAAAGAUUACUGCUUUGCCAGAGAAGAUCGAAUUAUCGGAAUGACAGUAAUUCAGCUCCAGAACAUAGCAGAAAAGGGAAGCCACGGGGCAUGGUAUCCCCUAUUGAAAAACGUCUCUAUGGAUGAAACUGGUUUGACUAUCCUUAGAAUCCUCUCGCAGAGGACCAGUGACGAUGUGGCUAAAGAAUUUGUAAGACUUAAAUCUGAAGCAAGAUCUCCUGAAGAGAGUGCUUGA